AUGAGUAGUCCACGGAAAUUUGCAGAAAAAAUUGCAUUAAUACAACAGAAACAAGCAGAAGGUGAUGCAGCUUUUAAUACAAUUAUUUAUGAAGUUGAAGCUGCAAAACAAAGAGCUGAUCGUAUUUCAUCAGCAAAAAGUAAAUUAGAUGUACCAACACGGAAAUAUGAAAAACCUUAUGAAAAUUAUCAGGGAUCUAAUGGAAUGGAUAAUUCAGAUAAUAAUAAUACAAAUAAUUAUGAACCUCAGCCAAUAAAAAUUGACAAUAGCAAUGAAUCUGAUCGACUUUUACAAUUACCUGACAAUUCCUCAUGGCGACGAACUCAUUCGGAUUCAUCACUUCACCAUACAAUGAUGCCAAGUGUUGUUGCACAUUAUCAUGCACGCAUUGAUAAUGAUAAUAAUGGUCAAGCACCAAAUUAUGAUUUAAAUGAUAUUAAAUAUGAUUCAAUAUCUUAUUCUCCUCAUCAUCAUCCUCAUCAUUUACAAGUUUCGAGUUCGCCUUUUCAACAACAUCAUCAAUUUGAUUUAAAUCAUAAUUUAAAUCAUAAUUAUAUGAAUGGUGGAGCUAAUAUUGUAUAUUCAUUAUCUCAAAUAGCAACACCAAUAGGGCCAACAACAUCAUUACCAACACAACCUAUUGUAUCAUCACCAUCAAAUAAUACUCAUACACUUUUAGGACCACGUUAUAGUGGUGGUUCAAAUGUUCUUAUGUUACCACCAAAUCAUCAUCCACGUGGUGGUUCUUUACCAGAUUUACGUACAGAAAAUGCAUUUCAUCAUCAACAAAUAUCAUUUUCAACAACACCAUCACCACCAACAUCUACAACACAACAUUUCUUUCGUUCAUCUUCAUUACAAAAAAAUGGUGAUGAUGAUUUAUAUGCUUUGGGUCCUCAACAACAAUUACCAUCAAAUAUUGGUCCAUUAAAACAAAGUCCAAGUAUUCGUCGACGUCAUAGUCCAAUUGGUGAAGUUAAACAAUCAUCACCACGUCGACAAAAUUCUCCUUCACCUGAUGUUUCUUCAAAUCAACAAACUGUUUAUCGUGUUGAACCAUCAAGUCCUCAAUCUCAAUCAAGUUAUUCUCCUCAAAAUUCUCCUCAUUUAUUACCAAGUCCAGGUAAUGAUCAUAGUCCAUUUUCACCUCAACAAUCAACAGAUAAUAAUACAAAUAAUCAACAACAACCAUAUUUUACAUUACCUACACAUUUUGAUCAAAUUACAUUGGAUAAUAAUUUUUAUACGCAACAACAAUCAUCACCAACAUCAUCAUCAUCAUCAUCAAAACAAAAUCCUAAUCAUCCAUCAUCACCAACAUCAUUAUCAAAUGAUAUGAAUGGAACACAUUUAAAUUAUUUUCGACCACAAAAUUUUUAUCCAACUUUUAUCAAUGAUACACCAUCAAAUUAUUGUCAAACUCAAACAGCUGUAACUAUAACAACUAAUGUUACACAAAAAAGUCCAACAAUUCCGAAUAUAAUAUUAACUGAUGUUGAUAGUUCAAAAUUGGAUUUAUCGAAAGAAUUAGCAAAUGAUUUUACACAUGCUUUCGAUAGUUUAAUUGAUCCAAGUGAUUUACAAUUAAAUGCAGAUGAUUUUUUGCUCAACGCGCACGACCUUUCCAUUGAUCCUCAUUUGUGUGAUGAUACAUUUCGCAUGGAAAAUUAA